CAUACACACAUGCCAUUGUACAGAAGUUGUACAAAUGUGAAUUGUGACUUUUUAGGUUAUCUCAAACACAGGUGUAAAAAAAGAAAAGAAGGAAAAGGGAAAUUAAAAUAAAAAAAUUAAAGCGCCAAUUGGCCCCUGAACCACAGUUUUUAACCAGCAGCAUAAUAUGGGGGAAAAUAUAUGGAAAUUCUAUUCUGAAAAGAAAAUAACUACAUGUUGAAAGCUAUAUUUCUUUUUCCAUAAGCAUCACUCGUUUGUUUUGAUUAAAAUGAUUCAACGAUCAUCCUCCACCACUUGAUCGACAACAAUAAAGUAAAACGUUACCGAUUGAUUCCCCCCUAAUGUGUGCCAUCAAUAAUUCAGCCUCUUCCUACACGUUCACUAAUGCAGGGCUGCAUAGCAGCACAUCAGUUGUCAUCUUCAGCCUGUAAUAAAAGGCGCAGUCUGGUUUUUUUUGUACCAAUGACAUCACAACUCUCCAACAUGGCGUUCAGCGGCAGCCGCGCACCGGAGAAGAGGGAGGUCCGGCAGGAGGACCAGGAGGAGCCGAGGAGACCCGCGACCGCUGCAGACCAGGACUACUGUCAGCAGAGAUACUCUCUCCUCCUCAUCAUCGGACAAACCGCUCACAUCACACAGACAGGACACAUCGGCAGGGAAAUUGAACGAGGCGUUAGAUCAUGGGACGUCGACUUAAACACCUGUAACCUGAACCUCCAUCUUCAAGAAUUCCUGACUUGUUAUACAGUGUCCUUCAAGAGCGCAGGGCAGAAGUGUCUGCGGCACAAUGCCAAAGUGUUGGACACUCAGGUGUUGAUCAGUCCGUCUCAGGAACAGGUUCACUUGGAGGUGUCUUCUCUUCUGGUGAGGAACUCAGCUCAUAAGCUCCUGAUCUUGGCUGGUCAGAGUGAGGAGCAGAGCGGUGACCUGCUCUUUCACAGAGGACUUUUCUCACCACAACAUCUCCAACAAAUACUCACAGAGCAGUUCAUAAAUCAGGAAUGCUCCACCACCCCCUCCUCCUCCUCUAAGUUCAACCUGACCCUCUGCUGCCCUAACAUUGGUGAGUGGAGGACGACUCUGUCCAGGCACCGGAGUCGUCAGGGCCCGUUUAUACUUCACAUCAAUCCCCCAGAGGUGCUGCCUACAAUGGAGACCCUGGGGGAGUUUACCUCCCUGGUCUCUGGAACCCUCACCUCUUCAUCGACCUUUGACCUCCUGCCUCCUCCCACCACCGUGGGCUUCCUCAAACUGUCCCGACCGUGCUGCUACGUGUUUCCCGCUGGCCGUGGUGACUGUGCAUUCUUUGCUGUGAAUGGCUUCACGGUGCUGGUGGACGGUGGCUCGGACACGCAGGCUUGUUUCUGGAAACUGGUCUGUCACCUUGACCGAGUGGAUGCUGUUCUGCUGACGCACAUCGGGACGGAAAACCUGCCAGGUGUGAACACCUUCCUGGAGAGGAAGGUGGCAGAACUGGAGCUGAGGUCUGAUCUGAAAGAUGACAUGUCGAAGAAGCUGAUCUCUCCUGAGCUUGGAGUUGUUUUCUUCAACGCCCCCAGCAGGUUGGAGAUGGACCCACAACCGAGUGUGGACGCUGUACUAAGGAGCAGCCAGCAGGGGGCACUAACUAUGCAUUUACUAAAGAGGCUCGAAAUCAUACCACAACCAAUGUUUCGAACACAAGGGGUCCCCAUUGAGCCAAUAACUCUGUUUCAGAAGAUGGGUGUGGGUCAGCUGGAUGUGUACGUCCUGAAUCCCAGUAAAAACAGCCAGGAGUAUCAGAUGUUCAUGCAGAACUGGCCUGAUGGAGUGUCCACAGCAACCAAAUCCCAAUCAGUACCUCUCACUGCCCUCACCUCAGUGUCUGCCCUGCUCGUGUGGCAUCCAGCCUGCCCGCAGGAGAAGGUCGUCAGGGUGUUGUUUCCUGGUGUUACUCCACAGACAAAGCUGCUGCAGGGCCUGGAGAAGCUGAAGGGCCUGGCCUUCCUCCAGAAACCCACAGUGACAACUGGUGACCUGGAGAAGCUGAGCGAGGACAAAAAGGCCAAGAGGAGAGAGAGUCAGGAUAGUGUCAAGUCACAAGGGAAGGAGGUGACUCUGAAACAUGUGAAAGAAAGAGGCACCAGAGAAGAGAACAAGGAGGUGUCAGCCAAAGAGAAAGGAAAGGUAGGUGUUGGAGAUAAGACCAAAACAAAGGAGCUGGGUGGAAAGCAAAAAACAGCAUCGACAGAGAAGAAAGCACCAAAGAAAGGGACAGGGAAAGAUGGAAAAAAAGAUGAGAAGACAGGUAAUAAAGAAGAGAAUGGUGUUAUCAAGAAUGGUCAAGUUAAAAAGGACGGCCUCUCCUCCAAACCAAGGAACGAUGCAAGAGCUAAGAUCAAAAAGGAGUCAAAGAACGAGUCUAAAACUGGAGCAAAGACAGGGAAGAAACCAGCAGGGAAAGAAGGUAAUAACGUCAACAAGACUGACUUAUCAAACAAGCUCUUGUUAAAUCCUGACACGGAGAACGUGUUAGAAAUCCCAGAGUGUAAAGCUACAGAGGAACAAAGUCCAAAAGCAAAGAAAGAGCCUGAAGAGAACCCCUGCAGCUCUAAAACAUCUACACCCGAGGAUAUAACAGCCGAUGUUCUCAGGCUCAGAGAGGAAACAGCAUCUGACUCCAAACAGAAAAGCAGUGAGUCAGAAAAUGAAAAGAUCUUAGGAGGACCGAACAAAGAAAAAAGUACUGAAGCUUCAGAUACACCAGGGGAAGAAACAGCAGGUGGGAUGAUGAGAGCAUGUAGCGUGGAUAAUGAAGUCCAAGAUAAAACUGGAGCUGGAGAUAAAGAUGGAGCAGAAAGGCAGGACCAGACAGGAAAUGUUUCCAAACCAGCAAACGUUGUAGGAUUUCCAGCUCCGUUAAAUAAGACACCAAAGAGUCAACGUUCGGUCCAGCUAGACUUAACCCCAACUGAGUAUACCCUUUUAGACGGGGCUUUGAAACACAGUCCUCCUUCCAGGUCGUCUCCGGGGAACCAGGUCCCAGUCAGUCCUGAUGAGGAGACAGUAGAGCCGACCUCCCCCGACUCCAGGCCCAACAGUGCAGGCCACACUCCGUACUGUCUUUCCCCAGAUGAUGUGUGGUGCAACAGGGUAACUCUUAGCAAACUGCAGGCCCAGAUGAGUAGCUCGGAUGAGUCUCCUGACGUCAACCAGACAAAUGUAUCGUCCAGACAACCGUGUCAGUCCAGAACCAACACGGAGACCCAAGCUAAUCCUAGGGAGAAGCAUCUGAGCUUCCUGUCCUUAGGUACAUUCAAAGAAACCUCGUCAGAUCCGUCUCCGUCUGUAGCCACCACCACCACCACCACCACACACUCCAUGCCAGCAGAGGUGAGCUCACCUCAGUCCACAGAAGUGGACGAGUCUCUGUCCAUGUCCUUCGAGCAGGGAUCGACUAACGUGAGCCAGAGGGAGAGCGAUGACAGCAUUGUCCACUCCCACUCCAACGGAACCCAUUUCGUAGGGAUGUCUUUGGGGAUGAAGAAGCCCCCGAGAUCUUUAGGUCAAGGGUCAGAUCCAGGCCGACCCCCAGCUCCCAGCAGUCUUCAUUUUGAGUUGUCACCUCAUGAGGUAGAUCUUUGUCUGGUUUCUCCUUGUGAGUUCAAGCAUUUCAAACCUCCUGAAUCGGGUGAGUCCUGCAGAGGAAACUUUGCCCCACAUCACUACUGCACCAACAACAACUACCCCAAAGACACGUCCCCCAGUGAAUCAAACGCUCCUGUUUGCACAGAGGACUGUCCAUCCACCACAGCAGAUGGAGCGCUGGACUCUGAUGAGGACGAGUCUUGUAGUGAGCCGACUCACUCUCCACGUGACCUCUGUGCCAGUCAGGCUCUGCCCUCAGACCCUCUUCCUGUCCCUCUCAGGGACAGUCCACCUCUGCCCCCACAUCCAGACACCUCCAUGCCUGUCCCUCAGUCCAACCUUGACACCCAAGGGAAGAGACUUAAAGCCAGCAGCAUGGUGGGCAAAAAAAUGCCAGGGGUUGUUGACGGGCCCAACAAGUCAGGCUCAGGGAAAAAAAGGACCGGGAGCCAAAGUGGAGUCUCUUCUAGUCGUACACCUUCCUUCAACUCUCGCUCAGCACCCGCCAAAUCCUCACCCAACACUGGUGCAGGCUCAAAGACGACCUCUGCUGGUGAAGUCAGUGUAUAUGUGGACCUGGCCUACGUUCCCUCUGGAGCUUCUUCAUCAACAGUCAACGUGGACUUCUUCAAGUGUGUUCGCUCCUCCUGCUACAUCAUCAGUGGAGACAGUCCAGAGAGGGAGGAGCUGAUGAGACAGACACUGGACGCUCUGUUCGAGGGAAAGAUGACCUGGUCUGACAACAUGCAGGUGACUGUCAUACCCACCUAUGAGUCGGUGUCCAUGCAGGAGUGGUACCAGCAGACCCUGGACAGACAGAGGGAGCUCGGGAUCACUGUGCUGGGCUCCAACAGCACUGUCGCCAUGCAAGACGAGACCUUUCCUGCCUGCAAGAUCGAAUUCUGAGCAUGAAUUCAGACCAAAGUUUCUGUGGGAGAAAAAAAAUUACAGGGUGGAGUUGUAAGAAUAAAAAAUAGUUAGUACUAACUGUAGAAAUAAGGCUCCAUGCUGCACGAAAUUGCCCGAAUGGGCAAUUAAGUUCUCAAUCCACCACCGCCCCCUGUUGGUUUUCACUCUGUUGGCUUCUUUUGCAUCAGUAGCCCCUUCUUUGACUUCAUCCACAGGGAACACACAUCCCUGUGAUGAGAACUGCAUGUCUAUUUUUAGACCAUGACCCUGUGCCAAACAGGAGACAAGAUUACACAUACCAUAAUAGUAGCAGGAAUUUACAGUAGAUCCACAUAGAAAAAGGACAAUUGUAGAUUAGCCAAAGUAAUUGAUCACGCAGCGAUACACAGCACUAUUUGUUAUUUUCUGAAUGUGUAAAGGACUAAAGCGUGACCUUUGAAAAGUUGAGGGGAAGUUUGUUGUCUUUCCUGAGUAAUUCAAGGUUUUAAGAGUUCAAGGCUGACUUGAAAAUAUUUCCAUGAGUGUGGAAACUUAAUUAAAGUACAGUUGGAACUGUAUUCCUUCUACUAACUACAGUGAAUUUCACAGUGUGUCGUGCGGUGAUUACUGUUAAAGCACGUUGUGAUCUUUGCAAUGUCAUGUGUUCUCUAUGCUGGUGAGUUGCAUACCAGGUCACAUUCUUUAGCCUCAGAGCAAUCGUGUCAUUAAGAAUGCUACUGUAAUUGUGCUCCAUUACAAGUGCUUAUAACCAUGCCAAUGGGAACGGCCCGACUGCCAAUGCUUCUGUGUUGACUUGUCCUCACGUGCUUUAAAAACACCUGAUGAUGUGUUGUGAGUGUGAUGAAUGUAAACAUCAAGUACAGUAUAUUGAAAACACAUGGGAUGUGCAGUGUUACAUAAAUGUUUGGACAUAUUGAAUGGUAAUGACAUCCGGAUUAUUGUAAAUAACAAUUAAAAACAAAUGUUAACUAUUAUUUAAAGCACCGUGGAAAAAUAUAUUACAGUUUGGUUCAUUUUUUUAAAUUACUAGGUAGAAAUAUGUUCUUUAGCCAGUAAACAUAUUUGUUAGCUGGAAAUAAAAAUAAAAAAACUUGAAACGGCAUUGUUUUUAAUGUGUGAAAACUUUUAACUAUGGCCACUAGAUGUCAGCAGAGAAUCCAUAAUGCGUAAAAAAUGUAACAGGCUGCUGCCCAACUGUAUCCAACACAAAUAUAAAUCAUUCUAAUGGCAUCACAUAUAGUAUACAAAUGUACAUGCUGUUAAGCACAGUUAUGAACAUGUGAGACGAACGAGUUCAACGACAUUUUGAUGCUUUGUAAACAAUCUCUGACGACCAGACAAAUAAACUGAUCUUUUUAGAACCAGAACUUUUCAGUUUUAUCAUC